AUGAUGGAAUCUGUAAAUGUGACUGUGGAUGAUGAACCAAGUAAGAAGGAGGAAACCAAUAUGAAUGAAGAUGAUGAUGGUGCAGAUGUUCCAGCCGAUGCUCCAACAACCGUCCUCGGCAAUGAUUCUGAGACAAGUUCAGGGAAGAAUGAUUCUGUCAAGGCAAAGAUUGAAAGAACUGCUAAGGGGGUAAAAUGCAUGGGUUUGAAAAGUGGUUCUUCUCAACCUCCUCCUGUGCCUAAGAAAGCUUCUGGGAAGCCGAAGACAAGAAACCCAACAAGAAAGACCUACAUGUCCAAGGUUCAGAACAAGGAACCCACAAGUGUCCCUCGUUAUGAGGAUGCUACUGAUGAAGAGGAAAUCAAUGAUGAAGAUUCUCCUGUGAAGUCCUCUCCAGUUGAUGUGCAUGAUGUUGAGACAUCUGUGUCUCAGGAAACUCCUGAUCAAGAAAAUCCUGAAAAGGAUUCCACUUCUCAUGAAGAUUCAGGCAAUGCUACCCAGCCUGAUGUUUCUGAAUCGUCCUCUUCCAAGGAUGCUGAUCCAAAGAAUGACAGUUCUGAGGAUCCUAAUUCUGAAGAGUCAAUCCAGGCUCCAGCCUCUGUUCAGGACAUUUCUGAUGGUGAUUCUGGUGAUGUUCCUCUUACUGCUUCUUUUCCUGAUAGUGUUGCUGCUAGGCUGACAAGAAAAAGAAGGGUCCCUGAUACUGAAACCACUCCUGCUCCACAAAAGAGAUCCAAAUCAUCUCCUGUAACCUACAAGUCUAGACAAGCAGAUGUGAAGGGUAAGGGAAAGCAAAAGGCUGUCAAGACCCCAAGUGAGAAGAAGAAAAAGAAAUGCUAUGAGAAACUUGUGAGAGAGUUCUUGGUGAAACUCUCUGUUGAUGUUGGACUUCCUGAGAGUGAUGAAUUCAGGAAGGUUUUUGUGAGGGCUGAAUGUGUUGUGUUCUCCCCUGCUGUGAUCAGUCAGGCACUUGGAAGGAGUGUUAUUGAAUUUGCUGAUGAAGAAGUGUCCUUGGAAGCUAUUGCCAAGGAACUUACUACUGGUCAUGUGAAGAAGUGGCCCCACAAGAAAUUGUUGUCCACUGGGAAUCUCAAUGUAAAAUAUGCAAUCCUUAACAGGAUUGGUGCUGUGAAUUGGGUCCCUACUCAGCAUAUCUCUGGUGUUUCUGCUACCCUUGCCAAAUUGAUCUAUAAGAUUGGCAAGUCAAUUACAUUUGAUUUUGGUGCUUUUGACUUUGAGCAGACAUUGAAGCAUGUUGAUACUUGUGUUGUGAGGCUGCCUGUUUCGUUCCCCUCACUGCUCACUGCAAUCAUUCUCAAGCAGCAUCCUCAGAUACUCAGGGCUGAUGAGGUGGCUAUGUCCCCAGGUGUUUCAAUCACCUUGGAUAAACAUUUGUUUAUGGAGCCACAUGUCCUAGACAUUGCUCUGGCAACCAGUACGACAUCUGCCCCGCCUGUGACUGAAUCUGGUGCCCAUGCCAUCAUAGCUGAAUUACAUGAAACAAGUUCAAGACAAUGGCUAUGUUAUGUUCAUGUUGUGUUCAAGCUGCUUCUGGUUUUCUUUUGGUUAGCUUAUGUGCAAGCUGCAGCUACUGUAGAGUAA